AUGUGCGAAUCGUCAUUUCACGUCCUGAAAGUGUCUAUCCAACUUCAACAGUAAUUUAUGAUGAAAAAUACCCGAUUCCAAAAAAGAACUAUGGAGGGGAUAGGUUGGCUUUACAGCAUCAUAUAUUUAAAUACAUAUGGCAAAGUAACUUUUCAGCUCCUGUUAACGACAAAUUAGAAACUGUAAUUCUUGAUCUCACUCCACCAACACCACAAAAUGUUUCAAUUCAAUACUGUGACACUUUAUCCAGACUACCAUUCGAGGAUGAAACAUUUGAUUUUAUAUAUGUACGAUUUAUGGCUUGUGAAAUACCUGAAAAUAAAUUUGAAGAGAUAAUAAAUGAGUUGGAGAGAGUUUUAAAAACUGGUGGAUAUUUGGAAAUUAUGGAUAUUGAUGCUCAAGGUGGUAACGAAGGAAUGUUAACACAAGAAUUUAUGUCUUCAGGUAAUUUCAAUACCAAUCUUUAUAAUUUGGGACUUAACAUCUCUAUUUAG